AGGGAGGACCCAAAGAGACAGAACUGUGAGGAAACUUGCAGCUCACUUUGGGGGGAGGACGGGGGAGAUGCAUUCUGACCCAGAGCUGCAGCAGCAGGGGAGAGAGGUCUUUGCUGUAGUCAGAGGGAGCAGAGCCCUGCGGGUGGUAGCACAGACCAGGUCCGACUGAAGACGAAGAAGGAAGGGAAGUGCCGGAGUGGAAGCAUCAUGAAGCUGUUGCCGCGCUGGGCACUGGAGGCGCUUUUGGCCUGGGCUUCUAUAUGCAUCUGCCUUGCUUCAUCUGAAGAUCUUGGCACUGAGGGACUGAGCUCCACAUCGUUGGUAGACUUCACAGCAAUGUCCCACAUGGAGUCUCUGGAAUCCAGUGAACAGACAAACCUGAAGGUGCCUGCGUCUGACCUUGUCCCCAGCGCCCUGCAAGCUGCUCCUGGGUCUGGUUUUGCCAGUGAUGAAAAUGAAGAUUCCAAGAUUCUUCAGUCACAGUAUUUUUGGGAAGAGGGUGGAGACCUCAAUGAUUCCAGCUUGUAUCCUGGAGCAACACCAGACUACAAUUUUCCCCUUGCCUCCCAGAAGGCCUUGCCUAAAGGAAAUGUGACACAGACAAAAAAACAGUGGGAAGUGCCUGCUGUUCAUCAAUCGAGUGAUUCUGCUGAGCCUGAUUCUGAAACACCUUCCACCAAUACCCUUGAGGAAGAGGAAGGCCUUCUCCCUAUAAACCAGUCAAAGGAAACACCUCAAAGCAACCAAAGACCGAAGGCCAUUUUUCCUGAAACAACUGGCCAGGACUCAUUGUACUCCAUCCUUUUGUCCACAGCCACCAACAGAAUGAGUGCAGGUACUGAGGUUGCUCUAGAUAGACAAGAAGAAGAGUCUGCCCCUGAGCAUGCUUCCUCAGGCUUUGACUUAGGGAGCAGCAUGGGACCCAGUCUUUUGCCUCUGUCCUCCUUUUUGUCAGUCACUCCGGAAGGACCACAGGGUGUCUCUGAGGUCCCUUUCAAGAGCACUUCAGAAAGUAUAAUGACUGUUGUAGGAGCAGGAAGGGAACUAGCCAAGGCUACAGCAACAGCAGCCACAGUGAAAGCUGAUAUUCAAGAAAUGGAGGCCACAACAAGAGGGGAAGGGCACAAGCCCACAGCAGGAGCUGGACUGGAACAAGCAGAUUCCACAGCAGAGAGAGCAUCUACAGAGUCCACAGAAACAGCUGAAAUGGAGCAGACAAAUGAAGACUUUCUAAUAACAGCAUCUCAUGGGGAUAACUUCCAAGGAAUGGAGACUGUUUCCAGGACUCCUGGCAACCCAUCAAGUCCAAGCUCUUCAGUUGACUGGACUGAUAAGCCAGCUCCUACUCCUACUCCUGCCCAGAACAGCACAAAGCAGCCAGUCACAGCAACUGCUACUGCAGAACGGAGCUUUGUGACACAGACUGAAGAUGUCCAUAUGGCAGUGUUGUCUACCGGAGUGCCCUGGAGCUUGCCGCAGGUGACCUGUAAAGACUGGAGCAACCUGGCAGGAAAAAAUUAUAUCAUUCUGAACAUGUCUGAUAACAUUGAGUGUGAGGAGUUUCGACUGGAAAGGGGACCCCAGUUGCUGGCUCUGGUGGAGGAGGCUUUCUCCAGAUAUGAAAAUGGCUUGCAACACCAGUGGUGGAUCUUCCUCAGCAAACCCAAUGAGAAUGACAAACACCUGCUAAUGACUUUGGCUGGAGAGCACGGGGUUGUCCCAACCAAUGAUGUUCUCCUAGCACUAGAUGACAUGAGGAGAAAUUUAGCUGAGAUUGGAAUCCAGAACUAUACAACCGCAACAAGUUGCCAGUCACGUCCCAGCCAGACACAUAGUGACUACGGGAAGCUUUUUGUAGUGUUGGUCAUUAUUGGCUCAGUCUGUGUCAUCAUCAUUGUCAUGGGACUUAUCUACAACUGCUGGCAGAGGCGUUUGCCCAAGAUGAAGAACAUGUCACAUGGUGAGGAGUUGCGCUUUGUUGAGAACGGCUGCCAUGACAAUCCCACUUUAGAUGUAGCCAGUGACAGCCAAUCAGAAAUGCAAGAGAAGAAGCCAAGUGUGAAUGGUGGGGCAUCCAUUAAUGGUCCUGAGAGCUGGGAUGUCCUCAUUAACAAGCGGGCAGGUGAAGAGGGCGAUGCGUUUGAAGAAGAUACACACCUUUAAAGAAAAAAGACCAUUCAAGUAUCUGACUGCAUUCUUGCUUGAUUUAAGGACUAUAUGGUGAGGGUGGCUCCUCAGGAACUUCUUUUCAGGCUUGCUGUGGAUCUGUCCAUUACAGUUCUGAGGCACCAUCAUAGACCUGGAGCUAGAAGAGUCACCCUGAGCAGAGGGGGUGGGGUGGGGUGGGGCGUGUUUGUGUGUUGCUGUCAUUUAGCGUCAAUGCUUCAAUCACUUUUAAAUGCACUUGCUCUAGCUCUUUGGUAGGAGUGGAGGAUGGCCAGGUAUGGAAAACAAAAGGUGUCAAGGUAUAGCAUUGCCCCAGAGUGGCACUUAAUGAAUGAUUUGUCAUGGAAACAGUAAGCUGGUUUCACACAGUGAGAGCUGAAUUCGCUUCCUGUCUCAGAAGGUGCAAUAGGAGAAACAAUGAGGGAAAACAGUGCAUAUUUCUUGCCUAGGCUUUGGGUAUGGUGUGUUAGGCCAGUCUUGCAAUUAGCCAGUCUACCCAGUUGCCCAGGAUGAGCAACAGUUCUCUUUAGUGUGCUGGCAGCCUUCCUGUGCAAGCUGCUGUCUGGCAUAAAAGGACAAGUGGCUGGACUAAUGGAUUUUUUUUUUGUAGGAUGGUAAAAAAAAUUAAUUCCUUUGUAAGGCUGUUUUUAGGCAGAGCAAAUGUAUUCUGCACAACUACUGGAUGUUCUCUUGUGCACUAGCUCUAGAUUCUAACAGGAUAGAUUGUCUUACCACCUGACCUAACUAUGAUGUUUUGCAGUACAAACUCUUUAGUGGAUUCAAAAUUCUUCAUGGAAAUUGCAGGCUUUGACCCAGCCCUGCACUGAUCUACCUUGGACAGUCUGGCUUCAGAAAACUGUUCUGUUUCAAACACUGAGUGAAUACCUGCUAUCUCCUCAACAAGACUCCUGGACUGGCAGCUAGAGAGAAUGAACAGAAUAACAAAAUAAGUCUUUUUUCUAAAUCUCAGGCUGAGAGGUCUCUCUCACAGAGUUACUCUAACGGCUAGGCUGAUGACUGCCUCUAGUCUUGUUUGGUUGAUCUUGAAUGAGGAAUGAUCUUGAAUAAGGAAGAGCUGUGAAGUCUUCACUUGUGAGGGUUUGAGGAGAGAAAACAGAAGGGAACCCACAUUUGUAGCAAAUUGGAGCAAAUUGAAUUUGUGUUCCCUUCUGCAUUACAGGAAUAGAUUGGUGUAAACAACUGGGGCUAACUCAAGUAAUAACCUUGAGAUUGGAUCCAAGAUCUCCUGUAUGAAUGCUUCUUUGCCAUUCCUUAGGCAAGUCUGGAUGCCCUUGAGUUCUCAGCAGGCAGUUCUUAAGAAGUCCUUGCAUAUGCAGAAUGCUUGUAUUCGAAGAUAAUGAUUGAUCUGUUAUAUUUUUGCUCCGUUUCCUUGAGGUAUGUUACACUGUCUUACACGAAAAUAGUUUCAUAGCUUGUGUCACUGCAAGGGAGGAACUAUCUGCUUCAUUAUUUGCUGUAUUUGGUCUUUAGAAGAUCUCUGUCUCUUGUGCGCGCGCGCACACACACACACACACACAAAAAUUCAUGUAUAUUUAAUAAGGACUGAUAAUGAACUUGUAGUUGAAGUCCAUUAAUAUCUAAUCUGUAGUUCACUCUGAGCACUGAAAUCUGAUCUACUUCAAGCAUAGAACAAUCUCUUGUCAACAGAGCUUAAUUCCAUAUAUAAAUAUCGAAAUACUGUGCAAAUGUCAUCUCAGUACAGUAUUAUACAGAUUUUUGUAAAAGAAAUUACGUUAUCUGUAAGGUUUGUAAUAAUAACCCUUUCUUAGCCUGUUUCCAAA